AGGAGAGUCGGGGCAGCAGGUGCUGGUCGGCUCCGGGUGGGCCCGAGGAGCCCCGGCCGGGAGAGGCGUGGACGGGACCUGCUGUCACUCACUAUUCAUCUUCGGGUGGAGUCGCAAUCUGCACCCAGGGAGGGGGAAGGACAGGACGCGUAUAUUUGAGAGAUUAUGGCAUCUGAAACCCACAAUGUUAAAAAACGGAACUUUUGUAAUAAUAUUGAGGAUCAUUCCGUUGAUCUUCCUAGAAAAAAGAUCUCUAAUUUCACUAAUAAGAACAUGAAGGAGGUUAAGAAACCUCCAAAACAGUUGGCUGCUUACACAAAUAGAACAGUUGGACAAGCUGUGAAAAGCCCAGAUAAACUACGUAAGGUGAUCUGUCGCAGAAAGAAAGUUCAUCAUCCCUUUCCAAAUCCUUGUUACAGAAAAAAACAGUCCCCUAAAAGUGGGGGCUGUGACAUGGCAAAUAAGGAAAAUGAACUGGCUUGUGCAGGCCACCUGACUGAAAAAUUACGCCAUGACAGUCGAACAUAUUUGGUUAAUUCCAGUGAUUCCACUUCUUCACAAACAGAAAGCCCAUCAUCAAAAUAUAGUGGGUUUUUUUCUGAGGUGUCUCAGGACCAUGAAACAAUGGCCCAAGUUUUGUUCAGCAGGAAUUUGAGGUUGAAUGUAGCUUUAACUUUCUGGAGAAAGAGAAGUAUAAGUGAACUUGUAGCUUAUUUGGUGAGGAUAGAAGAUCUUGGAGUUGUGGUAGAUUGCCUUCCUGUGCUCACCAAUAGUUUACAGGAAGAAAAACACUAUAUUUCACUUGGCUGCUGUGUAGACUUAUUGCCUCUAGUAAAGUCACUACUUAAAAGCAAAUUUGAAGAAUAUGUAAUAGUUGGUUUAAACUGGCUUCAAGCAGUCAUAAAAAGGUGGUGGUCAGAACUAUCAUCCAAAACAGAAAUUAUAAAUGAUGGAAAUAUUCAGAUUUUAAAACAACAAUUAAGUGGAUUGUGGGAACAGGAAAGCCAUCUUACUUUGGUUCCAGGAUAUACUGGUAAUAUAGCUAAGGAUGUAGAUGCUUAUUUAUUACAGUUGCAUUGAGAGAUUUCGUCUACUAAAGAACAUUUGGUUAUUCAGAACAUCCCUGGACUAUAGAAUUUUUUUUUUUUUUUUGAAGUCUCAUCCGAGAACUGUGGAAGAAGUCAAAUCCAUUUUUUCUUUUUAAAAAGCCACAUAAUAUAACCACUAAUGAAACCCUUACAAUCUGCUUCACAUUGAAGUGGAAAAAAUCCAAAGGAGCAGCUUCAACUUCAAUGAGGUGAAAAUGCACUAUGGAGAUUGCUCACCUUUGCUGCAUUUGGGAUUUAUAUGGUUAUUUGGUAACAUUGUUUAAGAACUACUGGGACUUAAUGCAAUCUUGCAUAAGACUAUAAUUUAUACUAUGUGAAAAAAUAAGCCAGGACUUAUUACUAGGAACCACAAAGACCAAUCAUCAUUAAUUUUUUUAAGAUUGUGUUUUAUAAAAAAACACUUAAAUGUGUGCAGCUAUUUUCUUAUGUUGAGAAGACUUUGAAAGUUUAAAACAUCAUAGCAAAUAAUCAAUAUUAAAAUGUUUUGUCCACACUGAGAUACUGUGUAUAUAAAAUGCCUUAAUUAUGAAUAAGCCAGUGUGUUAUGAUACCAAUAUCUGUUUAAAAAAAUUAAAACCAAUCAUGCUUCUGGCAUGAUAAAAUCAUGUAAUUAAAUUGGGGGUUUACCUUCAUGGAAAAUGUUGUUGAAAUGUAUUCCACACUAUUUUUAAAACUUGAGAAUAUUUUAAGGAUCUCUGAUUUUUUUUUUUUUUGCCAGAAUCAUUAUGUGAUGUAUGUAUGUAUAUGUUAUCCCUAUAUAAAGAAAAAGGUGAAUAUGUAUUUGUAUGAAUGUUUAACUGGAAUUUUCCAUGGAG